UUUUGAUAGUUGUGCUGUCACGUUUCAUUCAUUCUUUUGCAUAUGGCAACACCAUUCAUUCGCUCGUGCUAUUUGAGCUAUUGUUUACUAUGUUAUUUACUAACCAACGUUUUCACUGGAUAUUAAUCGAUUUUAUGUCAUGUGUGCUAGCUGUAUUGUCUCAAAUGUCAAAUCAAGACAAACCCCCACCAAUCAUCCCAUCAAAUGAUAAAUAAAUCAAGUCACAAUAAUGUUGUUAUUCCCUUGAAAAGUAUAAUUAAUUGCAAUUAUAAUGUGUUCUUUGACCUAAUAAAUAGAAUAAGAAGUGGAAGUUUUAAAUAUUCAUAUUUGUUUUGUGAAAUCGUAAUACAGAAUGUUUUAAAAAUCUCGUCUACAUGUAUUUAAUGAAAGAAAGGAAAUUAUGAGUCAACAUAAGUUUUGGAAGGGGAUAAAAGCUUGUACGUUUUCCGAAUCUAACCAGGUUCCUGAAAAAAUCGUGAAACUGUGUUCUCUAGGUCUGGAAGUGAUCGUUCUUGGCAAUGACCAUGGCCUUUAUCAUAGUAGCAUUGAAGACGAUUGUUUAAACUUUAGCAAAGUCAGCGGUAUAUCAGCAAUAGACAUAUCACACCACAAUGACACCCUUUACAUUAUCGACGUGCACGGGAGGUUGUACAAGACUAAUUCUCAGUUUGAAAAUAAAGAAGAAAUUGUUGUCCGGGAGGAUGCCAAAUGUUGUCCCCAUGGUUUCAAAAGUUCCAGUUUAAAAGUGAAGUUUCGUAAUGUAGUGACUAGUGACUUUGGACAGCUGUUCAUCAGUAGUGAGGGGCAGCUAUGGGGCUCUGGUGUUAUGCCCCAAAUUGGUUUGGAGUCCACUAGCAUAAAGAAAGUGCCAUUUUUUGAUGGUAGGACAGUGUACAGUGCUUCUAUAGGUGAUGAUUUCGCGGCCGUAAUAGCUAGGAAAAAUGUUCGUCAAUCUGAUAACUGUGACACGGAUAGUGACAAUGAUGAUGAGGAAGUGUUUGCAUCAAAUUGCUCACAAUGUCAGACAUCAAUAGGUUUGGCAUCCCCAGCAUCAGUGCCAUCUCUGUCUGAAACCUGCCCCCUUGGAGUGCAGCUCAAUAAGUCCAGUGAAGACUCGAGCAGCACCACAGCCCCACAAACUGAUGUUCACAUAGAUGCUCAUAGUUUUACAGAAGACUCUAGUCCCUCAUCUGAAGAAUCGAAAAUAGCUAAAACAAAUUCACAUCAAAAAGCCCCUGAUAAAUUAAAGCCAGAACAAAUGGAAGAUGAAAAUAAGAGCAGUGAGGUUGAAACUGAAUUAGACAAUGAGGUCACAGAAGAAAGUAAAGAAAAGGUUAACAAUAUUUUUAUAAACACAGAUGCAGCCAAGCAAUUUCUAAGUAAACAGUUAUCAUGGGUUUCAGCAGGUGAGGACUAUCUAGUUGAAUACACGGAAAAACCCACAAGAAUUAUAAAAGAAAAUGUCUCCAAUCUAACAAAUUUUGUUUAUGAAGGUGUCAAAACAGUAGGGGAUAAAGUGGUAACACUGUCAAGGCAUGUGAGUGGCAGCAGCGAUAACAAUGAAGCUGUGGAACUCCAAAUGCGAUUGCAACAUGAGGAAAUAAACUCCCUCAUGUACAGUUGCACAUCUGAUUGCCAUCUAGAAGAUCUCCAGUUCUCCACAAGCACAAUCAGUAGUGAGAAAGAGUUUGAAGUUGUGAGGAAAAGUGAAAACAUAAAGAACAUGUCCAAAUUAGGUAGGAAUAUCCUAGCAACUGAACUGUGGACUUGGGGAGACAUAUCUCAUGGGCAGCUUGGAGUUGGAGACACAGUCAAAAGACUGAAGCCAAUGGUUGUCAUGACCCUAUCUGGUUUUGGACUUCAGAAAGUAUCUUGUGGCAAAUGGCACUGUGCAGCUUUGACAUUAGAUGGCAGACUUUUCAUGUGGGGCUACAAUCACUUUCAUCAAGUCAGUUUUGAUGAUAGAGAAGACAAGAGUGGUCCUAAACAGUUCACUGAAAUCUCUGGUGGUGACAGAAUUAGGGACAUGAUGGCAACAGAUCACCAUACACUAGCCUAUACACACAACAGACACAUUUUAUACAUGGGUAAGCAUACAGAUGGUUAUACAAAAACUAUAGAAAAUUUAUACAAAAUGCCUGUAGAAGAGAAUGAUGUCACAGAAAAUGGAGAUGUAGAACUUGUGAAGCUAAAUAAACCACAAAAAUGUUUAAAUAAACCCCAAAAUAUGUGCUACCAUUCACUAAUAUUAUCCUCUGGCAACAUAACAUACUGUUCAAUACAAACAUAUGAGGAGUGCAAUAGGUUGCAGCCCAGCCUUGAAUUUGGAGAUCUCUCCAUUGCUCAAAAAUAUUUAGAAGAAAUGCUCUUGAUAUAUCAUUCUCUAGUUAAGCCCUUUCUGAAGAAAAGUAAAGCUAUCAUCCUACAUUCCAAUGUGUAUGAAACCGUUUGUGAUAUCUACAGUGACAUAUUAAAUAUUAAUGCCCUAAAUGUGCUAUCCAUGUGGCAGUAUGCAGAGAAGCAUAUAAACGAAUGUGAUAUUUCUUUAAUCAAAAAUUUAGAAGAAUAUAUUUAUUUGUACAGAAAGUAUUAUUUAGCAAUAAGCAAUUUGAUUGUUAUUGGUGGGUUUGCUCAAAUCAACAAUGUUAUUGAUGUCCCAUCAAGUAUAUACAAUUUAUUUAGUGAUCAAUUGCCAUCGAACAAACAGAAGAAUAAUAAGAAAACGCUUGAAGCCAUAGUAGGACUCGCUUUUGUGCAACCCCUAACUAGAUUGAGCUCAUAUAGAUGCAUUAUUCAAUCUUUGUUGCGAAAUAAAGCAAACACCAAACACGACAUAGAUCUAGAUGACAUGAGCAAUAUAGACAACCGGUUUAAAAAAGUCCUAUCCUCAAUGGACUUGUUAAUAGAAGAGCAAGAGAAGAAACGAAAAGAGGCAGAUGGGACGAAACUUUUCUGGGAAACUGUAGGGAAAAGUUUAGAUCAAUACAGGACACCUGAACGCCGUUUAGUCCGCGAAUCUAAGUCCCGUCAGCUUAGCUUAGUGAACCCUGGAAGGUUUUCGUCGCACUGGUUCGUGUUAUUUAAUGACUUGUUCAUUCACGUAAAUGGGAGCACUGUGAAUGUUCACCCGUUGAUAACACUUUGGGUAGAAUCGGUUCCGAACACUGACUCGCUAGCCAACGUAAUACAGCUGACAACUCCUGAGGAAGUGCUGUCUGUGUGUACAAGCUCAGAGCAGGAGAAGACUGAAUGGAUUCACGCUCUUAAUUCCUCUAUCAAGUCAGCUUUGAACAAAGAAUCUUUAUUCAAACCUCCAGCCAUCAGAACUGCUAGUCACACGUUUUCCAGCAAAGGUGCGUUCUUCAAAGACGCGAAGUACCAGGGUAGGUGGCUGGACGGCAAGUUGCAUGGCAGUGGGAAGAUAGAGUGGCCGGAUGGGAAGCUAUAUGCAGGGCAGUUUCAGUUGAACGCGCUGUGCGGCCAUGGUAAGAUGGAAGAUCCUGGCAUAGGAAUCUAUGAAGGCCAAUGGAAAGACAACCUCCAGAACGGUUACGGUGUCCUAAAAUUCAUAAAUGGGGACAUUUACGAGGGAUACUUCAAAGAUGGCUUAGCCCACGGGCAUGGGGUGAAAAAGCAGGGCGAUUUCACAUCGUCCAACGCAACUAUUUACACUGGGGAGUGGAGUAAUGGCGUGAAACAUGGAUAUGGAGUCAUGGAUGAUAUCGGGAAGGGAGAGAAGUAUUUGGGCAGUUGGAGCGACAAUAAGAAACAUGGUUGCGGCCUAAUUGUGACCUUGGACGGAAUUUAUUAUGAAGGAUUGUUUAUGCAAGAUGUUUUAACGGGCCACGGUGUAAUGGUAUUUGAAGACGGAACCCACUACGAGGGCGAGUUUCGCUCAGCCGGUGUCUUCUCCGGCAAGGGAAUUCUGACCUUCUCUAGUGGAGAUAAGAUUGAGGGUGCUCUGCACGGAGCUUGGACCGAAGGCGUUAAGAUCAGCAAUGCGACUAUGCACUUAAAUGUUUCGAAUCCUGUGCUGCCGGCGAACCCUAAACCAAAUUCCUUUGGGAAACUCUGCGUUGCACCAAACCAAAAAUGGAACGCACUGUUCCACCAAUGCUUCAACUGUCUCGGCGUCUCGGAAACCCUCCUCACCCCGACCGGAAACCAUUUCGGAAAUGGAACUGCCAACGGCAUAGACAAUAAAAAGAUCUGGCAGAAUGUAGCUGUGGCUAUAUCCUGUUCGCACAAAGAAAAACAUAAUAGGAUGUCUAUGAAAAAGCCUAAACAGAAAGCUGAAAAGUCGGUGGACUGUUUGGAAGUGAUACCUCAGUUUGGACAGAAGAAGUUGGAUUUGGAUGAUUUUAAGGAGAUAAAGCAGUAUCUACAUAACGCCUGUGAAUCCUCACAUCACCCCCUCGGCCAACUAGUUCUUAGCCUAACCAACGCUUUCAACACCACCUAUGGAGGGGUCCGCGUACACCCGUUACUGCUAAGUCACGCGGUCAAAGAGCUAAAGAGUAUCACAGAUAGACUGUACCAAGUUGUAAGGCUGUUGUUUCCCGCAUUGCCGCUGGAGGGCGCUGAGGUUGUGCUUAGGAGUAAGGACCAGGAAGUGGAUUCGGAAAGUGAUAACCCUAUUGAUGGCGAGGUAGUGUCAGCGGCAUCCCUCCUCCAACCCACCCUACUGCCGCGCGUGCACCCGGCUCUGUUCGUGUUAUACGCGCUACAUAACAAACGGGAAGACGACCUGUACUGGCGGCGACUGGUCAAAUGGAACAAGCAGCCCGACCCCACGCUCAUGCCUUUCCUAGGCAUCGACCAGAAAUUCUUCAACGGCUACACAAACCGCUCGCCUCCCGGCUCGCCGCACAAAGAACAAUUAUUUCAAGAGGCGGUGGAGACGCUACAAAAACUGAAGACCACGUUCUCCCCCAUGGAAAAGCUCCGGGUUAUCAAAGAGACGUUCCAGACGAUGACGGUCGCCGUGCAGCAGGAGCUGGGCCAAAACUACCUGUGGAGCAUGGACGAGCUGUUCCCCGUGUUCCACUUCGUGGUGGUGCGCGCGCGCAUCCUGCAGCUGGGCUCGGAGAUCCACUUCGUGGAGGACUUCCUGGAGCCCGCCGUGCAGAACGGCGAGCUGGGCCUCAUGUUCACCACCUUGAAGGCCUGCUACUUCCAAAUACUACAAGAGAAGAUGUCCAUAAACUAACGAUAUUCAAGACUCGGAACUUCGGAAAUUGAAAACGAACUAUUGUUACCAAAAACGUAGACAAGUAAUGUGUUCAAUGUUCAUCAGAAUUUUAUACCCUAGUGGCCUAAUUAUAAUCGAAACAAUUUUUCUAUUUAUUUAAAGACCAACAUAUGUCCCACGUUUUUCCUAACAAGUUGCCUAUUCAAUUAUUAUAUAUUCAUACUUUUUCAAAAUCGUCGACUAUAACAAGGACAGUACAGUCAAUUAUUUACAAUACUUUUCUACGUUUUUGGCUCUGUUCUAAUCUCGCAAUACUAUAUGGUGCGUUAUUAAUUUUACCUUUAGACCGCCACUAAUCUAUUACACAACUAAAAAAGACCUAACUACAUUAACAUACAGUUCAAAUUCCUCUGUCGAGUCUUAGGUAUGUGGCGUUCAAAAGGUUGCUUUGUCAGCAAUAAUUUGCUUAGUGUAACUCGUUAAUGUUCAGAUGUAUAACCGAUGUUGCAUAGAUAUAGCAUAGGUGUAUGUUGUCUGGUGUAACAUUUACCUUGAAAAAAUAUCUCAUUUUCAGCUGUAUAGUUUCCUAAGAUCCUUUCUGAGCUAAGCCAAUGUCUUCAUGAUUAAAAGCUAUAUAAAAAAAACCGGCCAAGAGCAUGUCGGGCCACACUCAAUGUAGACGUUUCGUAACUACCCACCCGUCAAAAUAGAAUAUUGCAAAAACUUAAAAACGCCUCAAAGUUUACUUUCACGAAUAUUUUCAUAUUUUUAUUAUACAGAGCAAGUAUUAUCGAAAACCGUGCUUAUUCUAGUUACUUUGAGAAAACUGCCGCUGCGCACACAAAUCGGGUGGAAUAACAGCCCCGCCGCAUACAAUAUGUAACUAUUUACUGCGGAUGACAAAAAUAUGAAUAUCUCAAUUCUGCAAUGGAUUUCAACUUGGCGUCCAUAUAAAGAAAAUAAUAGGAAAAAAAGAUCUAUCAAAUAAGAUAACUCUCAACUACAGAGUUUGGUUUAUGUCCCAAUUUUGCCCAAGGUCCUUUCAGCUUUCUAGCACUAACGAUCACGGAGCAAAGCCGCGGACGGACAAACACAGACAUGACGAAACUAGUUGACUAUAGAACCCCAAAAAUAAUGUCUGGCAAUGGGGUUGGCCGGUCGAAGUAUUAAACAGAUGGCGCCAUCAUAGCUUGCCCUGUCAAUCCCUAGAAUUGUGUCAAAUUCUUGUUUUUUUUUUGGAAUUUUGUGACCUGGAUUCCAGUACUUUAAGCCAAAUCUCAUAGAACAAAACUAGAGACAGGGGCAAGCUAUGAUGGCGCCAUCUAUGCAAACCUUUGACAGUUGCCAACCCCAUUAUAAUAUGAAUUUGAUCUUAACAACAAUUCACCCAAUUUUAUGCUGUGUGAGCUGUGUCGUUAUUUUUUUUUUGGAUCUGCCAUAAAUUAUUGAACUGAAUAAUUUCUCUAGAUCAAACUUUAUUCAGAAAAUUGUUGGCACAGGUAGCGAUGGCAGGUGCUUCAUAUCUUGAAUUCGCGCCAGUUAAUUGUGUUUCUGUUAACACAAACGUAUUCAAAAAUUAUUGGACUUGAGUAGAAUUUUUAGAGCAUUUCUGCUAGUUAUAGGACAGUGGGCCUUACACUGUCCUUCCCAUAGUACUAAUUACUUCAAUGCAUUUUAACCCGUUUUUGAUUGGAAUUUUAAUACAUUUUCUUAUACGAUGGACCGUACGAGGUGUAGUGUUUGCACUUGGUUUUGAUGAAAUGCAAAAUUCCACCCGCAUCAAGGAGUAGCUGUUUUGUAUUUGUAGUAUUUGGUUCCUACUAGGAUUUCUUGUCAUACUAAUUUUGUUUAGUUUUUUUUUUAUGAAUUAGCGGAGGUGAAAAAUUAAAAGAUUCUUAAUGUAUAUAAAUUUUAAAAAGUAUUAGCUUUUCAUAUUAUUCGUUAAAACGUGCCAAAUUACUUAUAUUUCGAUUUGGGAUUAAUUUAUUUUCAAAAGUGUAUAUCAAGAAAAUAUUUUAUGAACGCUUAUCUUAGCCAUAUUUUUUUUUUGGCAAAUUAUCCAUAGAAAACACUUGUGUUUACGGUGCUCUCUCAUGUAGGUAAAUGUUGAACAAACUUUUGAUUUUUUGAUUUGAUGAGACUUAAUGACUCAUACUUAUCAUGAAAAACAUUCACAUACAUUCCUAUGGUUUUUUUUUUCAAAUAUGUUACCUUCAUGCUACAAGUAGUCUCAUUUUUAUCGAGCUUUAAUAUUUAAAGUUUUAAGUUAUUUCAAAUUAGCGUUUAAUUUGUUAUAUUUGUAUCAAAUGGACUAUUGUUCGUGUCAUCCACGAUGACGCGCAGAUUUGUCGAAUCUAACCUUUAAUGACAUGGCAUUACGAGUCUCGCGUCUUCAUGAAAGACACGAUAUAUAUAUUUACCCCCUUAUUCAAAACGUCUACUAAAGUUAACAAACCGCUAAUAAUCGUUUGUCCCUUUCCAUCAUACCAAUACGUCGGAAAGGGACAAACGAUUAUUAGCGGCUUGUCAACUUUAGUAGACAUUUAUGAAUAAGGGGGUUAAUCUGUAAUUGUUAUGUUACGCAAAAGAAAGUCAAUAAGUAUAACAUAUUAUUUUUAUAAACUAGCCUUAGUAUAAUUAUUCCAAAGAGUUUAGUACAAAACUGAAAUUGUUGUUAAUUUUCAUUAUGAUUUAAAUUUUCUCCGUUUAGUUAGGAAAAAACGAAUACCUUGUUUGAACUUUAUUUUAUAUCACGUCGGUGACAAACAAGCAUACGGCCCGCCUGAUGGUAAGCAGUCACCGUAGCCUAUGCCUGCAACACCAGAUGCGCGUUGCCGACCCUUUAAAAACCUGUUUACUCCUUUUUUAAAGAACCCCAUACUGUAACCCCUCGGAAAAACCUCAACUUAGCCGAACUUUGUUCUAAACAAAACUUUAUGAUUAUGAAAAAUCCACUCCUAUGUAAUUUGUUUUUAUAAAUAUACUGAAAAGCUUAGACAAAUUCCGUAAGUACACGGCGGGAACUAGAUAACUCGCGGGAUUGGAUUUAACAUUGAAGAAAUUUUAACCUUAUGUAAGUCUAUUUUAAGUUCAAAUUACUUCAAUUGUAUAUCUCGAGUUAUCAACUUCUUCCCGCCGUGUACCGAAUUGAAUCCAUACGAUUGUUUUAACAAAUCGUCAGGUGAAAAGCAAAACUCACUUGUUACCACCACAAGUUCAUAGCCAUAAUGAACCAUAUUACUACAGAAAUAAGAUUGAUUUUUGUUUCAUUAUUUUUUCGUAAAUAGUGAGUUUUGCUUGUCACCUGACGACAUAUAGGCCGCCUUUACACCUGUAAGUUUUACUUACGUAAGUAGGGACACAGCUAUACUAUAGAGUGAGAGAUGAAUAUCAUUAUCUCAUUCUAACAAAUAGCUUUGUCCUUACUUACGUAAGUAAAACUUACAGGUGUAAAGGCGGCCAUACAUACAUAGGCGCUAAACAUUUCCAUACGUUAAUUUAUCACUGUUUCCUAAAAGCAGUAGGGCUAAGAUGGUCGGCUCUUUAUCAUUUGUCACCAUACCUGUCCCGUUCUAACAAGUAUGUAAGUGCGAAAGUGACAGGCAUAGUGACAAGUGAUAAAAAUGGAACCAUGAUGCCGCCGCUGAUGUUGUUAUAGCCUAGUUAUGUAUCGAUUGUUAAAUGAUCGCAAUUACUAUGUACCUUUAAGUAUCAUAUCAACAUACAUUUACAUCUCUUCGUGUCUGAAGUGUUUUAAUUAAAUAAUUGUAACUACAUAUACAUAUUUAACAUUUAAUAAAAGUUCGCAGCAAAUUAAAA